AUGGCCUCGAAACCCCAAGUCAUCCUCGUAGUCGGCGGAACGUCCGGCAUUGGAUAUGCCAUCACGCAAUCCAUCCUUUCAUCACCUUACUUGCCAUUGAAUGCGAAAGUAAUCGCGUUUGGGCUUAUAGAUUCAACCAUCAAGCUUGAGUUUACGAAACAGCAGAGAGAGCGUCUAAGGAUAGUCGAAGGCGAUGUCACAGUAGAGGAAGACCGAGAGUUGGCGGUCCAGACGUGUUUUAACCAUUUCGGGGGACUGGAUACAUUGGUGUACUGCGCGGGCAUUAUUACACCGAUACAAAGACUAGAGAAAGUGGACGUCGAAGCUGUGAAGAGGAGUUUUGAUAUCAACGUUUUUGGGGCUAUGAGUAUGGUUCAGCUCACCCUCCCACAUCUCCGCGCGUCGCGGACAUCCCAUCCGCUCAAUGCUGGCCGCGGCAAAGUCAUAAUCCUAUCUUCGGCCUGCGAUAGCACAGUGUCCUAUCAUGGCUGGAUGCCUUAUAGCACCACAAAAGCCGCACUAACCCGGUUUAUCUCUUGUCUUGCACAUGAGGAACCUCUGCUCAGCGUGCAGGGCGUAUACCCUAAGUUGACGCGGACAAAGAUGAUCGAUGGGUUAGUAGAAGGGAAGUACCUGGGCGUUAUGGCGGACCAUGAAAUCGAGAGGUUUAGAAUCUGGGAUGAAAUAGGCGACGAGAUGGUGGAGCCGCCUGAACUUUGUGGAAGGGCCGUUGCGAAGUUGGCGUUGGGAUUGUUCGAGGGUGGAAAGAGUGGUGAAACUCUGUAUUAUGACGAGCAUGUUCCGCGGAAGAUCGCGGGAACAUGA